UUCUUUCUGUCCAGCACAGCCAUCUGAACACCAGCAUGUCAGGCCUUAAUGCUUCACUAGGCUACUUUUUAGCCAUAGUCGGCGUGAGCGCGGUCGGACGGGUGCUGGUCACACGCUGGCGGCCGAGAUGGACGUUCCUGACCGAGUUAAUCGCCGCUUUCGCUCUCUCCGCCUGUAGACUGGAGGUGGACACCAUCGCGGAGGUUGGCCAGUGGGCCGGGGCUCUUGGGCCCGACGUCGCCAUUACUAUGCUUUUCAUAUCCAUCACCGUCCACGGCAUCAUCAUGCAGGGCGUGAGUGGAAACCCGUCGGUGACGCUCAUGGGACUCCUGCAGAAAGACACCGGCGCCGUGGCGGCUGUCCUCAGCGUGGCGGCGCAGUUACUCGGCGCUUACGUUGCGCUCCUGGUCGCCGGUAAGUACUGGCAGAUGGAGCUGACCGACAUGCACAUGAUCAAGAACCUGAUGAUGUCUGAGUGCAGCACGUCGCUGAAGGUCCCGCCGCUGCAGGGAGUCUUCGCCGAAGCCCUUGGAGCCCUGACCUUUCACUUGGUUUACCUCGUCCUGAAGAACAGGUCACAGCUGCUGAGGAUUCCCAUAUUCUCUGUGCUGCUGACGCUCAUUUCCUAUGCAGGAAAUAACUACACGUCUGGAUAUGUGAAUCCAUCUCUGGCUUAUGCCAUGACAUUCACCUGUCCGGGACACACUUUCCUAGCGUAUUCUCUCGUCUACUGGCUCGGGCCUCUGAUGGGCAUGACUCUCGCGCUCUUCCUGUAUUUGGGAAACAUUCCACUGCUGUUCAGCAGGAAUCUCCUUUACUCCAAGAAAACACGUUUCCGGGUUCCCAAAGGGAAAACUUCUGAAGAGAAGACCAGCUGAAGAGACCGUAAACACAGACACUUCACAAACCGUAUUUCAUAGUCACAAAACACUCUACAGUUGAACUGGUGCAACGUCUCUGUUCGGUUGCUCUGCAGCCAGUUUCAGCAAACCCCUCGUCUUAUGUGAAAUUACUACUAACAUCUAGAAGCCAAAGAAUAUUAUAUUUAAUAUAUA